AUAGCAACCAGUUUCUACGAAGGGAGUGUUCGGGAAGUAUUCUGCACUGCUUAUAAAUUGGGGAUGUACGGUCCGGAUUACGUUUGGAUGAUAUUGGGUACUUACAAGGACGGUUGGCAAUAUGUCGAAGACGAGAUGAUCUCUUGCACAACUGAGGAACUCUUGACCGCGACUGAGGGGUACUUAGCGAUUACAUUCAGUUUCUAUGGACAAGAGAAAGAUGUGGGGCGAAGUGGACAGACACCAGCAGAAUUCCGGAAAGAUAUGUCCGCCCAACUUGGUUACAACAUCGCCGUGAACGAUCCAACUUACGCAGCCAAUAGUUACGAUGCAGUAUGGGCAUUAGCACUGGCCUUUGAUAAGGCGGAACCAUUGCUUUCAAAGAGUCUGGAUUCAUACGAGUAUCAUGACGAGGAAUACGCCAAUGUAGUCGGCCAGUGUAUUUUAAACCAGACGUUUGCUGGAAUGUCAGGGUAUGUGAGUUUUCAUGAAACUGGAUACAGAAUUGGUAAUCUGCUGAUAGAACAGAACAUUGCGGGCACAGAAACUCACAUUGGCACGUUUGACACUGCUGCAAUUGAGAUCACGUGGUCUAUCCCUACCGAAGAUAUUUGGUACUACAGUGAUGGAAAACCCCCACAUGAUUCCGACAUUACAGUUGUUAUCUUUGACCUGCAAGCCACGCCCCUUCCCACCAUGAUUGUAAUGUCUGUGUUAGCUGUCCUUGGAAUGGUUCUUGCUGUUUUGUUCCUCGGGUUCAACAUCUGGAAACGUAAACACAAACAAGUCAAGAUGUCAAGUCCACAAGUGAAUAAUCUAAUAGCUUGUGGCUUUAUAUUUGCAUACCUCAGUGUGGUGCUCCUAGGCAUUGACAACUCUAUGGUGGGUAAGGACACGUUGGUAUCAAUUUGUGUGUUUCGUACUUGGAUCAUCUCACUGGGUUUUACAUUAUCCUUUGGCGGGAUGUUCACCAAGAUGUGGCGUGUGUAUAGCAUCGUCAUCGCUAACAAGACUAAGAGAAAGGUAAUAAAAGAUCGACAACUGUUUGCUGUCAUCGCUGUGCUACUUUUUGUUGACUUAGCAAUCCUCAUCCCAUGGCAGGUAGCUAAUCCAAUGCGUACUGAAGACAGACGAGAACCAGUUGUGCAGACGGAAGAACAUCUUUCCAAAAAUGAAAAGCACGUCUUGCUUUACGUCAACUGUACGUCCGAAAACAGCACUGUUUGGACCACGGCUAUACUCAUCUACAAGACAUUUAUUGUGGUAUUUGGUGCAUUUCUUGCUUGGUCUACAAGAAACAUCAACGUGCCUGGUCUGAAUGACAGUUAUUACGUAGGGCUGUCAAUCUACAACACCGUCAUCUGCUGUGUCGUUGCUGUGCCGUUAUCGUUCCUUACAGUGUCAUCCAUCGGCGUGACCUUUGCCCUCGUGUCCGUUUUUCUGCUUUUCUGCAUAACAGCUUCACUCUGUAUGCUGUUCUUUCCAAAGGUCAUUGCCGUGUAUCGCCCGAAUGAAGUAGCGGGAACAACUGGAACGGGGAUAAUGAUUGGUACAGCAUCAGCUCCGAGUGGUAAAUUCAAAGUGACACCAUCUGAGAAUGAGGCUGCAGAUGCUGUGAAAUAG